UUCAUUUGUUCAGUGGGCUCUCGGAAAAUGGCGUCGGCAAAGUUUCUCGAGGAAGCCCUGAAUACAGACGUCGACGAAUCGGCCGUAAACGCGCUCGUGGGUUCGCUAGAGAACCAGCUCGGUAGCGCUACGCCCCACGGACAAACGGCAAAUCAAAAUCUACAACAGAACCACGUAAACAGCGGUCAGCUAUCAAACGGCGGGACGACGGCCCCUCAGAAACAUGGGACGAUCGCCAACGGCGAUUCGAUUAUUAGCGAUAAACAAAUGACUAGUGCGUACGUAAAUUCGGCACAAACGACGCCGUACGGGUUGCAUCAGCAAACGGAUCAGAAGCCCCCCGACGGGGUUAAAAUUGUGUACACUCAGGGGGGACAAGUGAUGGGCGGUCAAGGGGCUGUGAUGCAACAACGUGCCCCACAACAGGCUCAAUUGCCUAACGGAAUGUCGCCACAAACGGUUCUGGGCUCUUCCCCUUCAACAAUCACCCAAGUACCAGUCCAAAAACCACCGACGAUACUGCUAAAAGCCGGAACUCCAGGUGGAAACCCGGGACUCGUCACCGUACCUGUAAAUGCCGUUCAGCAAGCCAACAAUGGUACUCAAGGCAUUCAAACGACUAGUAUAGGUGUCUCGUCCCAUCAAUCGAUCCUAUCCAAUCUUCAAGUGGUCAAUGUGCGCCCCCAAGGGGCCCAAAACAAGGGGCAGGCCAGGGUUGUGUUGAGCACUGCUCCGGGGCUUGUAGGGGCUCGACCGGGCACACCCCAACUAACGUUACAGUCGUUUCACGGUUUGCAACCGGGUCAACAGGGGGCGCUGUUGCUGAAAACCGAAAAUGGCCAGUACCAGUUGCUCAGAGUCGGACCACCACCCCAGGCUACUAAUUUGACUGCCACUUCCCAAGCCGGAGGACAACCGAUGACUUUUCGUAUGCAAACAGUACCAACACAAGCAGUUUCAAGUUCAUCAGCCAAUCCAAUCCAAGCAGGUGGUACCACAACAGUCAGUCAAGCUCAGCCUAUAGUGCAAACAACUACACCUGUACAGCGACCAGCCAACGAUAAUACCAAAGAAAAAUGCCGGAAGUUUUUGGCAAAUUUGCUGGAGUUGUCCAGCCGGGAGCCAAAAUCGGUGGAACGGAAUGUACGGACUUUGAUUCAGGAGUUGAUCGAUAACAAAGUGGAACCGGAGGAUUUUUGUGAUAAGUUGGAACGUUUGCUGAAUGCGAGUCCUCAGCCAUGUUUGAUAGGAUUUUUAAAGAAAAGUCUGCCGCUUCUGCGCCAUUCACUAGCCACAAACGAAAUGGUAAUAGACGGUAUCCGACCGCCACCGUCCAACAUCGUAUUCUCAGUCUCCGGAGCCACGCCCACAGUUCAGACUGUGAGAACCGUUCUACCUCAACCGGCGCCUCAACAAGUCCGAAUUGUAGGUCCGGGCGCCGCCGUGGUCCGAGCUCCAGGAGCGCCCGGUGCGGUUUUACAACAGCGACUGGUCGGUCCUAUACGAGCUCCUUCAAUACAGCAACAAACAAGGAUGGUGACCACCAUCCGACAGCCCACCACGAUCUCGCAACAGCAACAGUCGAUAUCUUCCUCGCAGCCUCCGGCGUUGCAUCCUGUUUACGCUGGCGCCGGUCAGCAGCAACAGCAAGUGCAGCAUGUGGUGCAACAGCAACAGCCGAGGCCUACAGCUCCGCGGCCCGUGCAAGCACGGACUGUAGGCCAAAGGCCGCCUCCUCAAAGAGGCAAUGCUUCUGGGGGUAAAAAUUCGGCUGCGGCUGUAGGCAAAGGGGCUAUUGCUGGUGUGGGGUCUAUGAGGCCUUCGGCUAAAGAGAAAGAAAAAAAGAGUUUUUCAGCAGCGUAUACAGGCGACGACGAUAUAAACGACGUAGCAGCGAUGGGUGGUGUAAAUUUGGCUGAAGAAACGCAAAAAAUUUUAGGCUCUACGGAAUACGUGGGCACCCAAAUUAGGUCUUGUAAAGAAGAUAUUAUGUGUUCAUUGGGUCCUUUACAAUUAAAAAUUAGACAAAUUAUGACGAAACACGGACUGGACGAUCCGGGUACUGGUGACGUGGCCGCGUGUAUAUCGCACGCGGCUCAAGAAAGACUAAAAGAUCUCUUAGAAAAAUUAGCGGUAAUCAGCGAACAUAGGUUGGAAUUAGUCAAAGGCGAUUCGAGGUACUCGAUAACGAACGACAUCAAAGGUCAGCUGAAAUUUCUCGAGGAACUCGAUAAGGCGGAAAGGAAAAAGCACGAAGAAUUGGAAAGGGAAAUGUUGCUGAGGGCGGCGAAAAGUCGUUCAAAAACUGAAGAUCCUGAACAAGCAAAACUUAAAGCAAAAGCAAAAGAGAUGCAAAGAGUUGAAAUGGAAGAACUCCGACAAAGAGAAGCGAACGCCACAGCCUUGCAAGCCAUAGGCCCAAGAAAAAAGCCGAAAUUAGAAGGAGAAACAACAACGAAUUCACAUAGUCCAUCAACACCAAACAACGCAAUCCGCGGACAGAUGCCGUUGCGGCAGCGCAUCAAAAAAGUGACGAUGCGCGACCUGCAAUUCCUAUUCGAAACCGAACGCGACACGUGCAGAAGUAAACUGUUGUACAAGGCCCACCUCAAGUGAUACCAGCCGGUCGGCGUUCGCUACCAUUUUAGUGUCCACGUUGUGAUAUUUUGUCUGUCCGCGAGACAACGGAUCUAGAGUGUACUACACUGAAUCGAGUACAAAAAUUGUUGUUUGGAAAAUUGUACGGUGCUUUGUCCCUUCGUCGUCGGUUGAGUUACCAAAAUUGUCGGAAUAUGCCUUAUAUACGAAAUAUUAUCGGGCAGGAGGAGGUUGACAAUAAAACUGUCAAAUUUUUUCUCAGAACCCGCCCCUUCUGCCUUUUGGUACCUUCGCAAUGUAAAUUUUUUUGUUUUUUUUUUUGUAUGUAAUUGAAUAUAGAUUAUAAUGUUUUGUUAAUUGUAAUUAUUAUAUAUAGAUAAGAAUUAAAUUUUAAACAUGGAUGUAUAUAUUAUUAUUAUUAUUAUUAUUAUAUUGAUUUUUCAUUGUCCUGCCUUCUUGUAGGAAGUCUUUUUUUUUUCUGCUCUUUUUUUAUAAUUUAUUUUG